AUGCUCCUCCGGUGCCCGCCACUAGCAACCUCGCUAUCUUUAAGGGCGUUGGCAUCCUCACCGGUUGCACACCGUUCUAGCCGUUCCCCUUCGAUCUUGCUGUACAGAAUGGCCAGUACCAGUGUGUGGGGACUCAAAGACGCUGGUUUGAUCAAAACUCAAGGAUAUAUCGAUGGCAAGUGGGUAGAUGCUCGGAGCGGCGAGACGGUACUGGUCACGAACCCGGCCACAGAAGAAGAACUCGGUACUGUUCCAGAGAUGGGACUUGAAGAGACCCAGGCAGCUAUUGCUGCAGCGGACCGAGCCUUCAAAUCCUGGGGGAAGACAACCGCAAAGUAUCGCCAUGACAUCCUGAAGCACCUGUAUGCACUCAUGCAAGAACAUCAUGAUGACCUUGGCAAAAUCAUCACUCUCGAAAAUGGGAAGACUUUGGCUGAGGGAAAGGGAGAGAACACGUACAGUGCUUCAUUCGUUGAGUGGUACGCGGAGGAAGCCGUUCGCACUUACGGAGAGCAUAUUCCUUCACCAUUUCCGAACAUACGCAAUCUUGUGAUCAAGCAGCCCGUUGGUUACUGUGGCAGUUCCAUUUUGACUCCUUGGAAUUUUCCGUCUGCAAUGAUAACCCGGAAACUUGGUGCAGCACUAGCUGCGGGGUGCACCACUAUCAUCAAGCCGUCACCGGAGACUCCCUUUUCCGCGCUUGCGAUAGCAGAGUUGGCUCGACGAGCCGGCGUACCCGAUGGUGUCAUCAACGUCGUGACAACGCAGAGGAAUGUGGACGCAGUCGGUCGCGAGCUGUGCCAGAAUAAAAUCGUGAAGAAAAUGUCCUUCACCGGGUCUACCCCGGUUGCGAAAUUGCUUUACGGAUUGGCGUCCUCCACCCUGAAGAAGGUAUCUAUAGAAGCUGGAGGGAAUGCUCCAUUUAUUGUUUUCGACGAUGCGGAUGUAGAGAAAGCUGUUGAAGGUGUCAUCGCAUGCAAGUUUCGCAGUUCUGGCCAGACAUGUGUUUGUGCCAACCGAAUAUAUGUCCAGUCAUCCGUCUACGCCGACUUCGCCUCUAAGCUCUCCGAGAAGGUUGCUGCUUUCCGAGUUGGAAAUGGCCUGGACGAGGCAACGACUCAUGGUCCACUUAUCCACGAAAAGGCAAUUGACAAGGUCAAGAGGCAUAUUGACGAUGCUGUCUCACGCGGCGCCCAGGUUCUUGUUGGCGGGCAGCGAGUUCCCGGUGUUGGUUCAUUCUUUUCUCCAACAGUCCUCUCGGACGUUCCCCUGGAUGCUGCCAUAAAUACUGAGGAAACCUUCGGACCUGUUGCUGCGUUAAUCAAGUUCAAAACGGAGGAAGAAGUGAUCACGUUGGCAAAUGAUACGGACGUCGGGCUUGCAGGAUACUUCUUCAGCAGAGACGUUGGAAGGGUAUGGCGGGUGGCUGAGGCGCUUGAGGUUGGCAUGGUUGGUGCGAAUACUGGACUAAUCAGCCAUGCGACCAUUCCGUUUGGAGGCGUGAAAGAAAGUGGUCUUGGUCGAGAAGGUGGCCACGGUAUCGAAGAGUAUUUGAAUCAAAAACUCAUCGCAUUCGGAAGUAUAUAA